AUGACAAACGUUGAACGGAAUUACGACGAUUUCACCCACGUGCCGAAUCUCGUAUUCAAGUCGAUGGGAUAUGACUUUCUGGACACACCGAAGCCCUGGUGGCAGCACAUACUACUCCGCACUUACUGGAUACUCUGCUUACUUAGCCAUUGGUAUAUGGUCUACUAUUUGAUACUGCGAACCGUUGAGUGGGAUACGCUGGCUGGGAAUACGACUGCCAUCAUGCGAUACGGGAUUGCCUACUUCUUUGUGCUCAAUUCCGAUGUGAAGUACAUUAUCUUUAUUUACUAUCGUCGUCACUUACGGGAACUGAAUAAUAGGAUGCGUGCUCUCUAUCCCAAAGAUGAUUGCGAACGGCGAGAGUACCGAGUCAAUGAUUUUUACUGGCCACGCAUUGCACGCUAUGGAGUCUAUUACUAUUAUUUCGUAGUCUUCGUCGUGGUAGUCGGUCCCAUUCUGCAGGCCACCGGAACUUAUCUCUAUCAGCGCUUUACCUCGAGCAGCGAGAUCAAAUUUAUGUACUUAAGUACGUACCCAAUGGAGCGUAUUAAAUCGAUGACACCCAUUACGUAUGCCUUUAGUCAGGCCGUGGAUUUCGUAUUUUCACACUUUGUAAUGAAUAUCAACCUGGGCACAGACAUUUGGAUGAUGUGCCUCUGUGGUCAGCUGUGCAUGCACUUCGCCCACCUGGGCAGGCAGCUGGAGACCUACAGGCCCAAUAGGCACCGCCAGCUCGAAGAUUGUGCAUUUCUAGUCAGCAUAGUACGCAAACAUCAGCUCUUGUUCAUAUUACACAAGGAACUCGAUAGUAUAUUUGGCAUGCUAAUGGCCUACAAUCUGUUUAGCACGGCGACCACGCUUUGUUGCGUUGCCGUCUAUUCAAUAUUGCAGGGCCUGAAUCGGGAGGGAUUUGGUUUUCUAUUAUUUUUCUUCGGCUGCUCCGCUCAGUUCUACAUGGUUUGUUACUAUGGGCAGCUACUGAUAGACUUGAGUGAAAGCAUUGCCCUGUCUGCCUACAAACACACUUGGUAUGAGGGCUCGCCCACUUAUCGAAAGUAUCUGCUACUCAUUAUGCAACGAGCUCAAAGACCAGCUAUGCUUUCAGCUAAAGGAGUCAUUAUCAUAUCCGUGGAUACAUUCACGAGUCUGAUGAACAUGACGUAUCGAUUUUUUGCUAUCACACGCAGAGUACUGGGAAAAUAG